AUGCGUCGGGGUAUGCCGACAUCAAUACUGGACGAUACGGGCAAGCAAGGACGAGGAUUACGUAUCAUCGAGCGAAUGGAAGUGGCAUGUAAACUGCAGCAACGUGACGAGGGUUGGGUCACCUCUCCUCUCCACACCACGCCACGCCACGCAGAAAACAGCACACAUUCUCUUCCUCCACCGAGCCGAGAUGGUAUCAACGAGCCGUCCGACACUGUACUAACCAGGAGUGACGUGAAAGAUCCAGCUGGUGAGGUGUUUCGCCGACCUAGUUUCGAGUGUCUUCUCAAACGACGUUUCUUCUACGCUGAAUCUUUCGAUGUUGACCGAACCUCAGCCAACCAGCUCGCCGACAACCGUGGCCUCUACGACUAUGGCCCCCCAGGCUGUGCGUUACAGGCCAACAUUGUCAACGAAUGGCGGAAUCAUUUCGUCGUCGAGGAGAACAUGAUGGAACUGGACUGCACUGCCAUCACCCCAUCACCCCCGCAGCAGUCUUGA